AUGAAUAGCACCAAUGGGACCGAUUCAUUUGAUAAUGGAUUUUAUCUAGUUGCUUACAAAUCUUUGGGCAAUAAGAACUACUUGAUAUUGGCAUUAGGAAUUAUCUACCUGGUCACUCUGCUAUGUAAUUUUAUGGUUCUUGCUAUGAUCGUGAUGAACUCCAGUUUACAGAACCCCAAGUUUCUUGCAGUUUGUAACCUUGCUGUAGUUGAUAUUUCUAUUAACAGUGUUAUUAUUCCACAAAUGAUUCCUGUGUUUGUAUUCAAUCUUAAUCACAUCAGUUUUGAAGCCUGCUUUACCCAAAUGUUUUUCAUGCACUUUUUUGGUGACAUGGAAUCCUUUUCACUGGCUCUAUUAGCUUAUGAUCGCCUGAUUGCUAUUUGUUUUCCCUUGCGCUACCCUAGUAUCAAUACUAAUGUGAGGAUGGUUCUUAUUAUAGUCGGGCUUUGGUUUCUGGUAUUUUUGAUUGAGCUUUACCCUGUAGUUCUGGCCAGUGGACUGUCCUACUGUAGAUCAAGGGUGGUGCCAAGCUGUUGCUGUGAGCAUGGCCCAGUUUACAGCCUGGCAUGUGGAGAUACAUCAUAUAACAAACAACUGGCAAUUUCUAAGACAUUAACUGUCCUCCUCGGUCCUCUGAUUUUCAUCAUUUGCUCAUAUGUGAUAGUGGUGAUGGCAGUCUUGAGAAUUGCAUCUGCAGCACAACGCUGGAAGGCCUUUAACACCUGUCUUACUCAUCUUAUCUUGGUCCUCAUUUAUUACCUACCAGUGAUUUUGGCUUACAUAUUAGGGAACAUGAAAUUAGUGCAAUUACUUGAUCUUUACACAGCAGUGCUGACAGUAUGUGUCACAUUGCCAGCAAUGUUAAACCCUAUUAUAUAUAGUUUAAAGACUGAGGAACUGAAAGACAAGCUGCUGAAUUUUUUUAAGUCACAAAAAAACAAAUCAAAUCAAAUAAAUUAG